GCCCCUAUUGGGCCUAAUCCCGCCAUCUGUCAGAGAGCAAGCGACCGAGCACCUCUCUCAUCUCCGGGCCAAGAAGGAGGCAGGCAGCACCAUGGAGGACACGUACCUCCUCAAGCAUCCGGGCGUGAAGAAGAAGAUCCUGGUUGGAGGCACUGGCCCGCUGCCUCACUUCCCACCUGGGACGAAGCUGGUUUUCAAUUUCCAGACCCUGCUGGACAACUUUGAGCGCACGGUGGUGGACGACAGCCGACUGGCCGGUAGGCCCGCCGAAAUCUUUGUGGGCAAGAUGUUCAAGUUGGAAGUGUGGGAGACGCUGCUCACGUCCAUGCGGGUCGGAGAGGUGGCCGAGUUCUGGUGCGACGCCGUUCACACAGGUUUGUACCCCAUCGUGUCAAAGGGGAUGCGGCUGAUUGCUCAAGGCAAAGACCCCCUGGAGGGCCAGAGGCACAUGUGCGGCAUGGGGAACCUCUUCCACUAUCACUCCACCGGCUUCCCGGAGCUGGAUGAGCUCAUGAGAACGCCGCAGCCUCUCAUCUUUAUCAUGGAGUUGCUACAGGUGGGCGACCCCAUGUCCUACCACAGGGAGUCGUGGAUGAUGGAGAAGGACGAGAAGCUGAGCACGGUGCCCCUCCUCCACAUGCGGGGCAAUGCGCUUGUCAAGCAGCGACAGUUCCAGGAGGCGGCCAGCGAGUACAAGGAGGCCGUGCUGCUGCUGAAAACGGUCCAGUCGAGGGAGAUGCCAGGCGACGCCGACUACAUGAACUUGGCCCGCCUGAUCGUCCCCCUGGAGUUGAACUACUGCCAGUGCAUGCUGGAGCUGCACGAGUACUACGAGGUGAUCGAGCACGCCAGCGAGCUGCUAGACAAACACAAAGACUGCGUGAAGGGUUACUACAAGCGAGCCAAGGCCCAUGCCGCCGUGUGGAACGAAAAGGAAGCGCGCCGGGACUUCAACAUGGUGGCCCACCUGGACCCCACGCUGGCCUCGCUGGUCCACCGAGAGCUCAGGGCCUUGUCUGAGCGCAUGAAGGAGAAGUACUGGCAGGAGAAGGACGCCUACUGGAACAAACUGGACGUCAAGGAUGCUGCUGAUGAAAAAGAGAAGAAGGAGUCGGUGGAUGAGGAAGAGAAGAAGGAUGCCCAGGUUGGAGAUGAAGGCGGGAAGGACGAUGGAGGUGAUAAGACGGAGGGAAAGGACUGGCAGCAGAUGUUACGUCUGGUGAUGCUGCUCCAGGAGCAAGGGAACGUCCUGAUGAAAGAAAAAGACUUCCAAGAAGCUUCUACAAAGUUCAAGGAGGCCUUAGAUUAUGUGGACUUCCUUCAAAAUAAGCAGGUGCGUCGAGGCGAUGAAGACUGGGAAUCUUUGGAGAAAGUGCGGCUGCCUCUCACCCUCAAUCUGAGCCAGUGCAUGCUGGAGCUCCAACGCUACCUGCAAGUGGUGCAGCUCAGUGACAAGCUAUUGGAAAGCCAUCAAGGUCACUUCAAGGCACUCUACCAGCGUGCCCGGGCACAUGCCGCCUUGUGCAACGAGGAAGAAGCACGGAAGGACUUUGCCGCCGUGGAGAAGCUGGACCCUCAGUUCAAGCCGGUCGUCCGACAGGAGCUGAAGAAGCUGGGCGAGAACCUCCGCAGCAUGCACGCCCACCAGAACAAGACCUACUGGCUCGCCACGCAGGAAAAGUGGGGGCCCGGACAGGCCCAGAGGAAGACGUUCACACUGGAGCUUGGUGAUAGCGAGAAGCGAGCGAACGAGAUAAAGCAGAGCUGUAAAACCAACGAGGAGGAUUCCGAUAAUGAAAACACUGCGAGCGCCGAAGUUACGACAGAUCCCAAUUAGGACGGCCGCAGUCUGACCACCGCCGCUGUUAGCGAUAGCGUAGCCAGCAGGUGAUCGGCUUGAGCUAAAAGCAUGAAGAAGUUCAGACGCCAAACAAGAGCAGCGGAAAUAAAGCGGCCAAGGUGAUCAAACAGGGAAGGCCUGUCAGUCAGUCAGAAGAGAGCAAUAAACGGGGGUUGUCUUGAGGAAGUAUUGAUUUAGCCACGAGCUAAUCCAAAUUCAAACACAAAGAGAAAACUAAUAUGAUGAAGUUCUGUGAGUCAUCUUCCUGUGCACACGCGCAUGCACGCACGCAUGCACGCACGCACACACACACACGCACGCACGCACACACACAGUGCAAGUCUCAGUGUUGGUUUUGGUUGAGGCUGGGAGGUAGGGUGGGGGGUUAGGGGUU